GUAUUAGUAUGGUCCUAAUAAUCCUUUAGGUGAGUGUAGAUUGUAGUUGGUCAUAAAAUAACAUAGGACGUAUGAUACAAAAAUAAAAGAUGCACCACAUGAAAAAAGAACAAAAAGAAGGGAAUAGGAAGUAAGUAAAUGACGACAAAGGAGGAGGAGGAACUCAAAACCAGGCAAGGGUGAUGUCUUCAUUGCUCUUGCUCAGUGUGCAGCCUACUUGAGGGAGCAAACAUGAUUGUGAAGCUCCUUGCAGGCAUUUGGAUUCUGACAUCUUUGAUUCUAUCAGGCGUCCUUGCUGUCGACUGGAUAGUGCAUGUUCCUAAUGAUCCAGUCUAUGCUCCUCUUGGGUCUUCUGUAGUUCUGCAGUGCACCUAUGACUUCCCUGAGGUGUCAGAGCAGGGAGUACCACACAAAGUGCUGUCAGAGAUGUGGUGUCUGAAUCAAAGCCACUGCAUCACUCCGAGAUACGUGUACCACAGUGCAGGGAUAUUCCCAGAGCCCUCGUAUCAGGGCCGCAUCAGGUACUUUGGGCAGACGGGGAGCAAAAACUGUUCUCUGAUGAUAUCUGAUUUGAGGUCAGCAGACAGUGGCGUGUACAUGUUCCGGUUCAUCACCGACCACCUGAAGGCCAAGCUACCAGGACAGAGAGGAGUGAAUCUACAGGUUACCGUUACACAUCACAUACAAACAAGAAGUGCAUCUUCAUCUACUGUUGGAAUUGUGUUUGGGGUAAUUGUCAUCAUUAUCGCAAUAGCAGGCAUUGUGAUAUUCAUCAGAUACAAGUCCAAGAGAGCGAGGUCAAGAUCACUUUAAACAAGCAGUCAAUAUUUAUUUUACCACAGAGGAUGAGAAAAAUAACCAGUGGCUGUGACCAAAACUGAUACUGUCAUUUCUUUUCUGUCUGUAUGCUACUUUCACAUUCAUUUACAGCCUUUCUGCAUCUAUAUUAUUUAUCUUUUUAUAUUAUAUUCUGCAGAUCAAACAACAUAAUGUAUGCUAUAUAUCAUGUUGUGUCUUACAUUUUGCAUGUUGCCGACAUCAUUUAACAAAGUAAAACAUGUUCCUGGAUCAAAAUCUUUGUUGAUUCUGGAACAAAAUUCACACUGUAAAAAAAACAUCACUCUGUAAAAAAAUAUUUUUGGUUUAACUUAAAAAAAUAAGUAAC